UUGUGAUUUCCAAAUCCAAAAGAAAGUCAACUUCUUUGCAAAAACCAGAAAAAUGGGGACGACUCUGGGAAAGCCACUUGCCGGUUUUUUCCACAAAGAAGAACUGAGGAUAGUGUUCUUCGGUCUGGACGCUACCGGAAAAUCAUCAAUACUGCACAAACUCAAAACCGGAGAAACCCUUGCCACAACCAUGCCUACUGUUGGAUUGAAUGUGGAAAGUGUAAGAUACAAGGAUUCAAUCUUGAGCUUUUGGGAAAUGGGCGGCCAACAGUGUUACAAGUGGUUUCCAAUAUCGAAACAUUACUUCCAAGAUAUAGCGGGGCUUGUGCUUGUAGUCGAUAGCACGGACAGAGAUCAAAUAGAAGAGGCAAAAGAUUUUCUUAACGUGGUGAUUGAUGAGGUAACAAACAAACCUGACUUUAAAACAUUGAGCAAGUCACAUAAUCUAAUGUUUGAUGCCGUGAAUAACAGAUACAAGGGAGUGUACCGGACAAUGUGGCUGUUCUUGUAUAUGGAAACAAGCAUGAAGUUCCUGGUGCUAUGUCUGCUUCUGAGAUCAGUAACAAGCUCGAUCUCACUUCUCUUCGUCAAAAAAACUGGCAGAGAAACUGGUAAGAAGAUAAGAAAAACCUUUCAAGACUCUAAUUUUGCGAUUAGGAUUGAUUCUUCUGACGAUCUGUUUUUUUAUUUUCGCUUGCUAGGCAUGUCCAGAGCUCAUGUGCAUUCUCUGGUGAUGGUUUACAUGAAGGACUCGACUGGCUAUUGAACAAUGCUGAAAGAAUGUAAGAAUGUGUCCUGAUUUUUAUCGCGGAAUCUCUGUACCGAAAAUAGCCAUCUUCUGUAUCAAGUUAUUCACCUCAUCAUGCUUAUUUGCUAGCUCCAUCAACAACUUGAUCCUUUUAAAUGAGACAUUGCUCGGUC